AUGUGGGAACACAAAGGCCACCAGAAAGACAAGACGACAAUGAGCGACUCGACAGCUGCCGCAACGCCUGCGCCAGCCGUAGCUUCUUCAGCCGGCGCUUCUUCAAUUACUCCUUCACAACCUCCAGUACAAACACCAGCACCCAAGAAACAAGAUCAUCCCACCGACAACAAGUCGACACAAGACUCCUCUUCCGCCCCAACCACAAAGCCAUCAAACAACAGCAACAAGUCUAGGGAACCCAAGAGCACGACGAAUGCCAAGGCUGGAUCCCCUCUGCCAGGGUCGCCGAAAUCAGGACGAUCGAACAACAAAAAGAGCAACAACCCCGCAGGCGCAGGAGCUCCGCGUGGUCAAGAGAAUGGUCUUCGAUCGACCACAAGCACCGAAGAAGCGCACGGCAGCAGUAACGGUGUUGCGAAUGGUGGUGUUGGACUCGGCGUUUCGUCCCCUGCUGGAGGAAGUAGUAGCAACAAGAGCAGUCAUAAGGCCGCAGUAGUUGGAGACAACAGAGAGAGACAGCAGCAACAUCCUUCGUCUUCUCGACCUGACAGUCAUCACAAGGGAGGAGGUGGUGGUGGAAGCAGGUGGGAGAACAGUGGUCAAGGCAAUAAUAGCAGCAACGCGCCGUACAACCAACAUCGAUCAGGAAACAAUACCAACGGCCCUCCUGUGUCGACUUCGGAGGCUAGGUUUGCCAACUCGAGACCAGGUGGAGGAGGCGGAGGAAGCUAUCGCGGAAAUGGUGGUGGCGCAGGAGGGGAGGAGGAGUUUGGCAGGGGUCGCAAGUUUGAGAAGCGUGCGCCGCGUUCCCAUUUGCCUUCAUCAACAACAGAGCAACAGCAACAGCAGCCUUCGGGAGGAUCAACGACGACGUUGGGUGCGCCUGGAGUUGGGGAAGCCAAGAAAUUGCAGCAGCAGCAGUUUGUUACGCGGUCUCCACGUUCGCCUCGGUCGCCUCGACGCGGGUUUGGUGAGAGAGGCAGUGCGUCUGCCGCUUCUGCUGCCGCUGCCGCUGGUACUGGGCAGGACAACAAUCGGGCUACAACAACGACAACAACGACGACUGAGGGCAAGGAGGGAAACGACUCUGAGUCAACAGGGACAGAGCUUGCCAAGAAACGCAAGGCUGGCAGGAAGAACAAGAAGAAAGACGAUGACGAGGGCUCGGUUGUUUCGCUCAGCUCGACCAAGGAGGGUGGAGGCGACAGCAGUCUGGAUGCACGAGAGUCGUCCGGCAACACUAAGAAGCAACAGCAGUCUAGGCCUGAAGACUCCUUGGCUAUAUCAUCAGCAAAGGAGGGUUCACAGCAGUUGGGCUCGAAUUCUACAGCUUGGGUGCCAAAGGCCAAAACUAACCGUCCUCAGCACCACUCCACAUCUGACGGUUCACCAAACACUUCUCGCCCACUCUUCAAAAACAACGGUCCUCCUCGCGAUCAUGACAAUAACAGCAAAUACAGCAGGAACGACUCUUCCAAAACGUCCUCGUACACGUCCAAGAACAGCUACCUCGGACAGCGGAAUGGGCCCGACGGACGCCGCCCUCAUCACUCUGACCGCGGGUCACGGGAGACGACGGACUCGAAUGACUGGAACUCUGGAAAGGCAAGGUCAACAGCAGGCAACAACAACAACCGCAAGGAUGUCUCGCGAGAUCAGAACGGAUGGGGAGAUUCUCAGGUGACAGUUCCCAACGGAGGAGGAGACGGAGAGACGUCCAGCUGGGCCGAUGCUUCUUUGACGGCUGUUCAGAAGGAUGCCUCGCAGGCCCAGGAUGGAUGGAGUGCAACGCCGGCCCAGUCCGAGAGCACUGGUUGGGAUUCUGCGCCUCCUGCCGGAGCAUGGGACAAGGCGUCAGAGAAGAGCGAUAGCUGGAACAGUAACAAGGCGCCGGAGAAGAGCGACAGCUGGAACAAGGCACAAGAGACGAACGAUGGCUGGAGUCAUACCCCUCCCAGUAACGAGAGACGGGGCAACGGUCCUGCUGCCAGGAAUGAGAAGUGGGGCAAUGAGCCAGCUGGAAAGAGCGAAGGGUGGAAUAACAACAAGGCGUCGGCAAAGGGCCAGGGCAGAGGACGAAUGGAUGCUCCAGCUUCAAGUCAACCCGGCAAACGGAGUGAUCCACCAACUACCGCUGCAACGACCACCGCACAAACAGGAGGUUGGAAUCAGGCGCCCAUGACCCAGGACAAGCGACGAGAGGACUCUCCAGCAAAGACCCAGAAUGGAGGAAAGGGAGAUGCUCCUGCAGCUUCGGGAUGGGGCAACGCAUCCUCUGCCACAACCUCAGGCGAUGGAUGGGACACCGGUCUUCCAAAGGCCACGACCACGGGCACCAAGUGGGGCGAGUCUGUGCCAUGGGAGACAAGCGAUACCUCCGCACCGGCCAAGACGUCAGGGUGGGGCGAUGCAUCACAAGACACUCCCAAAAUGCAGGACUCGACUUCUGCCAGCGAUGGCAACGAUGAUCCGAAGCGGACUGGAGCCGGUCGAGGCCAGCCAUCAGGCGGAUUAGAGACAAAAUUCGCCAACUCUCAACAGGGUUACCAGCGUGGUGGUAGUGGAUCCUUCCAGGAGAGACGCGGCGACCAGAGAUUCCAGGAUGUCGACUCUUCGCGACGAGCACAGUCACCAAACUCGCAAUCGCAGUCACUCAGGGAUGCACGGUCGUCGUUGGAUGCCAGGGAUGCACGAUCGUCGCUGGAUGCCAGGAAUGCGCGUCUUGGGAUCCAGCGGGGUCCUCGCUCUCAUGAGGAUAACAGAACCGGGCAGCGCGGUGAGCCAUCUGAGAAACCCAGGGGAGGAUUUUCUCGCGACUCGAGCAACAAGGAUGCCGCCACCUCAGGAUCAAGUGGAGCUGCAGCCCGCUCAGGUCAGAGGAACGGUGGACCCUCGAACCAGAAUGGACAAAAAGAUCAAUCGAACGAGGUCUUCCAGCGCAAGCCCCCCACGAGCAAGGGUAACUUUGACAAACCUGGACCUGGACGCGCCAAUAGCAAGCUACAAAAAGAGAACCGCGACAACCGUCAAACGCCAAUGCUUUCAAACUCUUUGGAGUGCCAGAUGACCUGGGAGGAGAUGAAUCUUGGACCCGACGUCCUCGCCAAGAUUGCCAAAGCUGGGCUGGAGAAGCCGUCGAAUAUUCAAAAGUUGGUGAUGAAGCCGUUCAAGGAGGGCAAGGACGUGAUUGCGCAGACACAGUCGCAAAAGGAUCGCACCAACACGCUGGCGAUUGCGCUUCUGGAGAAGCUGUCGUCCAAAGCUCAUACACACAAGUACCCUCAGGCGGUCGUAAUCUGCUCUGACGGAAUCAACCCACAGCGUGUCAACGAGGACUUUCAGGACUGGUUUGAGGGCGUCUCGGGACUCGGCUCGAUCUACCUCACCAGCGAGGAUCUCAGUUCUGAGGAGUCUGUGCUGUCGAACCAAGAGCAGCCAAAGCAAGUUAUUGUGACGACACUGGGCCCUCUGAUGGAGGUGUUGAAGAAGGAGCUAGUGGAUAUGAAGUUUGUAGAGACAGUUGUGAUUUCGAUGCGCGCGGCCGAGUUGGUGAACUUUGAUGCGUUCAAGCAGUUUUGGGCAAUGUUGCCUCGGGAGGCACAGGUGGUGCUGAUGACAGGACGCAUACAGCCUCAGAUCCAGUUGAUCAAGACACAGAACUUUAGGAACAACACGGCGGUCCGGAGAGCGGAUGAGUUGACGAUGCAGUGGAGUGAGCAUUACUUUGUCGACAUUCCUCGACAGACAGCACCAACAGUAGCGAAUGGCGACGGUGGUGAUAGUAGGAAAGCAGAGGAACCCAAGGACCACAAGUGGGAGGUGAUGAUGCAGAUCUUGGACAGGAACCCCGAGAUCUCUCACAUUGUUAUCCUCACGCAGUCGCAGAGUCUGACUCAAGCAUUAACCGCCAAGCUGGAGCAGCGGAACCUUCCUGUUCUUUCAGUUUGGAGUAUGGCGGAUAAGACGGAAGUGGCGAGACAGUUCAACCAGCCUGACCGGUGUAUUCUUGUGUCCGAGUCGUUGUUGAUGGACAGUUUGGAUCUGAACCAUUCGUCGCUUGUGAUCAACUAUGAGAUGCCGAGGAGGGCGGCGCACUACAUUUCGUCGUUUGGCCCGUUUGGCCGGUCUGGAUUGAGGACGCUGAUGAUCAACUUUUGCGUCAAGGAGGAUCCAUCUCAGUUGCUGUCGCUGGAGAGCAUGGAGGCCAUGUACGAUAUCAAAGUUCGCGAAAUGCAGCUGGACUAG